AUGCGACCGCCGAGCGCUAAGCGACAGCCUAGCAAAUCCAAGUCCGUCAAGAGAUUCAUACCUGAAGAAGUAAAAAACUUCGUCAAGGCCGAUGGCAAGCUCCUGACCACGCCCCAAAACCGAGACUUUCUUCUCAAACAUGGCCUCGAACCCGACAAUGGACGAAUGAUCCGCUUCAACGGAGGCUCUGAGCUAUCCCGAGCUGCCUCAGAUUUCAGCGCCACGUUGGCAUAUAGUCCACGACACAUCAUCCAUCCGUUCGACCUCCGCUAUUUCGACCCUCGGGGUCACCCUCUGGCACCAAUGAAGCGGGCCAAAUAUGCCCAGAAAACGUGGCAAGAGCCAAUGUGGAUUAUGAUCACUAGUGUUGGGAGCAUGUCUGCUGUCGUGCGUACGCUUACCCGCCGACGACUGACGCGACAUGUAUAUGAAGCUCUUCAUACGCUUGGGUAUCGGCCCGGGUCUCAAAACGGCGUGGCCAACAUAGUUUGGGGAACCCUUUGGAUUACAAUACAUGAUCCUGUAAAAGCCGCAACACAGUCGCCGGAGCGGUUCGGGCGCCUUGUAGCCGAUGCUUUGGUCAAAUACUGCAGAAGAUGA